UUUUGUAUCGUCAACACUGACCAUCCAUCUCUGAUAUUGGAUCCAAGAUCUCUCUCUCUCUCUCUCUCUCUCUCUCCCCCCAUCUCGACACAAGCCAGAAAUUCAACUCAAGACUGCCGUCGAGAAUAACAAAAAGACAAAAAAAGAAACGCGUGCUCUUGAGUCCCGUCGUCCCCUUCAUUUGCCGCUUGCUUCUCUCUCUCUCACCGAGAUCGCCGUUGUGCACCCGGCUCCCUCUGACCUCCCCCUCACCUGGAUGGAGGAUCCUCAAUCGCUACGUCCAAAGCAGGCCGCCUGUCUGGUCUGCCGCCGAAGUAAGAUCAAGUGCGACUAUUCUCCGCAUGAGAACAAAUGCAAGAGGUGCAUUCAGCUCGACUCUGAGUGCGUGCGGCCUACAUUCCAUGCUGGAAGGCAGAAGGGCAUCAAGAACAAGCGCAAGGGCCUAGACAAGGCUCUCUACCAGAUAGAGCAGGCCAUCAAGAGGGCAAGGACCGGCGAGCAGAACUCGGAAGAUGACAAGGCCAUCGGCAAUCUCCAGGCGCUCCUGGAGGGCACUAGAGCUUCUCGGUCAGCUACCGCCUCCUCACACUUAGGGCGCCGCUCGUCGUCGCAGUUCAACAGCCCCGACCAACCCGACCUCUCAUCCGACGACGAUGACGAUGACCUCAACAACACGCCGGACAGCAACGCGUACGUGAGCCUGCACCAUCCUCAUCACAACAGCAACAACGAGGAGAGCCUGGCCAUCGACGAUGCCGAGAACCCGCUCCAGCUCCUGGCGCGCGCCUCGAACCUGCAGCUUUCGCCCCAGCCCAUCAGCGGCCUCUCGCCAAAGCAGCCUGGUUUCCGCGCCAGCCGCAAGAAGCAAGCCGUCAUCGAGCAUCAACAGCAGCAGCAGCAGCAUCACCAGCAUCACCAGCUGCAGCAACAGUUUCAGCAUCAGCACCAGCACCACCAGCUGCCCCAGUCCGACGAGGACUCGGAGAUGCAGUCCUUCUUCACCGCCGUCCGCGUCAACUUCGACGUCGGCGACGACAUAGAUCCCAUCACAUUGGGUCUCGUGACUCAAGAGGAGGCAGAAUCUCUCUUCGCUUUCUUCCAUGGCAAGCUUGCUCACACCCGCUGGGGGCUUGAUCCCAAGAUCUACACCCCGGCCUUCACGCGUACGCGCUCUGCCUUCCUGUGCACCUCCAUCAUGGCCGCGUCGGCACUCUUCCUCCCUUCCGCCGGCGCGCUGUCCAAGAGGCUGUCCAGCCACUGCAAGGCCCUCGCCCAAAGGGUCAUCGCCAAGCGGCACAGGUCCGUCGAGAUCGUCCUCGCCUUCAUGGUCAACGUCCCGUGGAUGUUCCCGGGCCAGCACAGCACCGACGACGAGACGUGCUGGUACGUCAACACGGCCGCCACCAUCGCCAUCGACUUGUCCCUGCACAAGCUCCUGAUCCCCAUGGAAGCUCUCGGCUCUGGCUCCGACAACAUGGCGCUGGCGCGCGGCGACUGCCUCGACCCUCGCACGGCGCUCGCCAUGGACGGCUUCAGCUUCGUCGAGCACACCUCGGACCUCGGCCAGCGUCUGCUCCGCCGCCGCGAGCGCUGCUGGAUCGCCCUCUUCGUCCUCGAGCGAGGCAUGUCGCUCGCCCGCGGCCGGCCCUACACCGUGCCAGUGACCCGCGUCAUCAAGGACUGCGACCAGUGGCACAGAUCCAGCAUUGCAGACCCCAUGGACGGCCACCUCGUGUCCAUGGCCGUCCUCCGCCGAGACCUGGACGGCCUGCUCAACACGGUCCGCGCGCUCUGCGACGGAUCGCAGGGGAUCUCUACGGAUGGCGGGCUCAUUGCCCAGUCCAUCGAGAGCGCCAUCGAGCGCUUCUUCGACCAGUGGCUUACAGAAUGGGGGUUCUCCAUCGGCACGGGGCCCCAACGUCGUCUCCCUCCCUACGUCGAGAUUCUCGUCACGCACACGCGGCUCUCGACCUACGGCGGCGUCAUCAACCACCCGACGGCGCCAAUGGAAGUCCGACAGUUCUUCCGCACGGCUGGGCUCUCGUCGGCCGUGACGGUCAUGCGCGCGGCGAUCCAGGGGGAGUCACAGCUGCAGUCGAUCCCGAACAACACCAUCAUCAUGGUGUCGUUUGCCGCCUGCUUCGCGCUGACGCUGAGCGCCUACGCCACGGGCAGCUCGAACUUGGCACCUAGCAUCCGGAACCUCAUUGAAGAGACGGCCGACGUGUUGGAACGUAUUGGAUCCGCUACGAAGCACAGAAAUGGCCUGCGGCCACCGCCGUCGACGGCCAGCCUUUCCAGAUGAA